AUGGCACAGCGGUGCGCCUGUAUUUUGUUGGUGGAGCAAGUUGCGCAGGUAUCUGCCACAGAUAUCGCCAUUGCAUUGACUGGACAAACUCAUGGUGAAUUGUUCGAUGAUCGAUGCAAGACCGUGAAGAAGAUGAUCGAUUCAGGUUCUUACUAUCGAUCUUUAGAGCAGGCUCUAGGUAAGGGGGUUACCUUAGCCCUCGGGAUCAGCCUUGCUGAAGACACAUGGACCCGUAUCAUGACGAAGACAACGCGAAAAUUCGAUACCGGCGUCAGACAUCUGCGAAACACACAGCUUGCGGAAAUGGCCCAGACGUACGCUCAACUCCGUGAGACGCUGGUUCAGUUUGAAAGAGAACGUCUGUGGGACCGUACCGAAAUGUUUCCCACGACGUAUAAUCAUGCCAUGGUCAUGGACGACCUCCAAUACGCCGAGACCGUACAUCUGAAUGAUGACGAGUGUGAUGCAAUGCUCCAGAUUUGCAUUGACGGUGACAUCCCGAUGCCACCCUUCUGA